ACCAUCAACCUCGAGCGACCGUCAAGAUGUCCAAGAUCUCGGUCUCCCAAGUGCGCACGCAGCUUCAGGGCCUGCUCCAGGCCUCGCAGGAGAAGAAGCGUAACUUCUACGAGACCGUCGAGCUGCAGAUCGGACUCAAGAACUACGACCCGCAGCGCGACAAGCGCUUCAGCGGCACCAUCAAGCUGCCGCACGUUCCGCGCCCGCGCAUGUCGAUGUGCAUUCUUGCCGACGCCGCCGACGUCGACCGCGCCAAGCUGAUUGAGCUCGAGUUCAUGACUGUUGAGGACCUGAAGAAGCUCAACAAGAACAAGAAGCUCGUCAAGAAGCUGGCCAAGAAGUACAACGCCUUCCUGGCUUCCGAGGCCCUGAUCAAGCAGAUCCCGCGUCUGCUCGGCCCCGGUCUGUCCAAGGCCGGCAAGUUCCCCACGCCCGUCUCGCACGCCGACGACCUCGAGAAGCGCGUGACGGAGGUCAAGUCGACGAUCAAGUUCCAGCUGAAGAAGGUGCUCUGCCUCGGCGUCGCCAUCGGCAACAUCCAGAUGUCCGACGACCAGCUGCUCGCCAACGUGAUGCUGGCCAUCAACUUCCUCAUCUCGCUGCUCAAGAAGCAGUGGCAGAACAUCAAGUCUCUCCACGUGAAGAGCUCGAUGGGCAAGCCGAUCCGCCUGUACUAAGCGCGUCCUCUGCGUCUGCGGCGGGCCGCUUCUUCACUCUGCGAUGAACCGAUCAAAGCAAGGCGUGCGCACGCAUUACCCAGCGUCGACCUCGCUGUCGGCGUGAGGGGAGCUCGAAUUCAUCCUUCACCCAACCGAUUGUGGCGUGAGGCAUGGCCAGCGGGUCAUGAGAGAGCCAGGGCGCAGGACGAGAGGGUCGCGUUGAUGGAGAU